AUGCGGUUUGGGAAAACCCUCCGCAAUGCGGUGUACCCUCCCUGGAAAGGGAAAUACAUUGACUACAACAAGCUCAAGACCCUGCUGAGGGAAAAUGAUGUCACUGGGGAAGAUGCCAGUGACUUGGAAGACGAUGAAUGGACCGAGCAAGACGAGGAAGCCUUUGUGCAGGAAUUGCUCAAUGUGCAAUUGGAUAAAGUGAACUCCUUUCAAGCAGAGACAUCGCAACAACUCCGGGAACGUACAACUGCGUGUGAAGCUAAAUUGCGACCCUUGGCGUCUGAUGCAGAGGAAGAAUCGGACCUCAACGAACAGAAGAAGAGAGCCAUUGCUUCGGAGGUCCUCCAGGAACUUGAUAACAUCACCAAAGAAGUCAGUGCAUUGGAAAAAUACAGCCGUAUCAAUUUCACUGGUUUCCUCAAGGCCGCAAAGAAGCACGACCGCAAGCGAGGAGCCCGAUACCGGGUGAAACCUUUGCUUCAAGUGCGACUGUCGCAGUUACCUUUUAACUCAGAGGACUACUCGCCAUUGGUACAUCAACUCUCGGUAAUGUACUCUUUUGUACGUGAGACACUCAGUCAUGAUAUCGUGCAGCCGAAAGAGACAGAGCGUGGAUUUGGUCGGGAGACUUAUUCAUCCUACAAAUUUUGGGUUCACUCGGACAAUGUUUUGGAAGUUAAAACCCACAUCUUACGUCGCUUGCCCGUCCUCAUUUACAACCCGGGAACCUCGAAAAACAUAGAUACCGUCACCGAUGACCCCACCAUUACAUCUCUAUACUUUGACAACCCCCAAUUCGACCUUUACAACCAAAAGGUUGCACGAGCACCCGAGGCCGGAUCUUUGCGACUACGGUGGACAGGAUCACUAAAGGACAAGCCUCCUAUCUUCUUGGAAAAGAAAGUGGUCACCGACGACGACGAAAGUCGACAAGUCAAAGUACAACUCAAGGACAAGCACGUCAAGGAAUUCUUGGACGGUGAAUAUCACUUCGAUAAAAAGGUCCACCGCAUGGAGGACUCGAACAACGGCGAUACAGCGGCAGCGGAUGCCUUCAAACUGGACGUGGAUGAGGUGCAAUCUUUCAUCAAAGACAACGACUUGCAGCCCAUGCUCCGCGCUAACUACACCCGCACUGCGUUCCAAAUUCCCGGCAAUGAUCGAAUCCGCAUUUCCCUUGACACCAACCUUGCAUUGAUUCGGGAAGAUUCUCUCGACAAUGAACGCCCAUGCCGUGAUUCAACCAAGUGGCACCGUGAUGACUUGGAUGAUGCAGAUAUGACAUACCCAUUUGACGGUGUCCGAACUGGAGAAAUCACCCGCUUCCCCCAUGCUCUGCUCGAGAUUCAACUUCGAGGCAAGGCCCACAACACCGAAUGGGUCAAGGACUUGAUGGUCUCCCAUUUGGUCAAGGAUGCCCCCCGCUUCUCUAAGUUCGUCCACGGUGUGGCUUCGUUAUUCGAAGAUCACGUCAACAGCUUCCCCUUCUGGCUGAGUGCCCUUGAGAGUGAUAUUCGCCGCGAUCCCGAAACCGCGUUCCACGAGGAACAAGAACGACUAGCCAGGCGAGCCGAGGAAGACAUGGCAGUGGGAAGCUUCAUGGGAGGCGUAGGCAGCCCAAGCACUCGCCCACUAGUCGGGUCACCUCACCACCAAUUUUCCGUCGGCUCUCCUUCAACCAUACGGAGGCCCUCAGGAGUCACCGAGCCGUCAGCCCGACCCUCCCGUCCCUCGAUUCCCGCGCCUCAGCCUCGUGAAACCGAGCCCGUAGCUGAAAUAGAGGAACCCGAGCCACCCAGUCGUCUUGAAUCCAUCAUCAAAUCCCUGGGACUGUCCCCUGAAUACUGGCUCGGUCGGGAGUCCGUCACCCUACCGCCUGGUGUCCGCCACCCAGGCUAUUGGAUCAAAGACGUUGGCCCAGUCCGCGUGGAAAGCAAAGUGUACCUUGCCAACCAGCGAACAUUUAUCAAAUGGCUACACAUCAGUAUCCUCCUGUCAAGUUUGUCCUUGGGUCUUUAUAAUGCCGCUGGCAAACACAACCAGGUCGCUCAGGCUCUUGCGGUCGUCUACACAUUCUUCGCUAUAUUCGCUGCGGUCUGGGGAUGGUUCAUGUACGAGCGACGAGCCCGCCUCAUUCGCCAGCGAAGCGGAAAGGAUCUCGACAACAUGUUCGGUCCUAUUGUAGUUUGCAUUGGUUUGGCUGUUGCUUUGGUUUUGAACUUCGUUUUCAAGUAUUCCUCGGCGCUGGAGCAAAGUCGUAACCACCCGCUUCCUGGUGUUCCCUCUCACAACUCUUCGGCCAUUUAUGACAGCAGUUCUAGAGAGUCAUGGAGCCAAUACCAGGCGCAGCAAAUUUUGUAA